AUGGGUGCUGCUGAUUACCUGGUAAAACCGAUUAGAUCACAAGUGGCAAAAACAAUGUUCUUGAGAUUAUAUAGAACAUCCUCAUCAGAAAAAUCCCAAAGUUCACCUUCUUCGGUAACAUCAUCUAACGAAGAUACACAAACAAUAAUAUUUCGAAAUAGAGCAGAUUUUGAAGAAAGGAUUCAUGACGUGUUGUUUGUAAGAGAUAAAUGGUUAGCGGAAGCAAUUGUGGAAUAUUAUACGCCACCAGAAUCGUCAUAUAAACUUUCAUAUACGCCAAGUUUGGAUUCUGCUGAAACAUUGGAGCAAAAAAAUGAUCUGAAGAAACGAUUGAUCGAAUGGAAUUUUCAUCCGACUGAUUUAUCGGAUGAAGAGUUGAUGAGCUGUGUUGUGAUUAUUUUCGAACACGUAAUGCAAUUGGAAGAAUUGGCUGCAUUAAACAUGCCAAUGGAUCGAUUACGUAUAUUUCUCAUGGCUAUUCGACAAUCUUAUUAUGAUAGUAAUCCCUACCAUAACUUUCGUCACGCCGUUGAUGUUUUACAGGCAAUGUUCUAUUUCCUAAUGAAAAUGGAAUUAUUGCCCCCGUUUUUUACCGCCGCUGAGAGUUUUCGGGCAAGGACGAAUCCGAAUCGACGAUGUGCAAAUGAUUUACUGAGACCUAUUGAUUUGUUUGCGUUAUUGUUGGCGUCUAUUGGACAUGAUAUUGGGCAUCCGGGUGUUAAUAAUGUAUUUUUGAUAAAUUCACAAACACCAUUGGCUCAAUUGUAUAAUGAUCGAUCUGUGUUGGAGAGUUUCCAUGCAAUGUCAUUGUUUCAAAUAAUGCAAAAGCAUGGAUUUGUUGAUGGACCAAUCUGCGGGGUGAAUUAUACUGAAUUUCGGAAAAUUAUAGUCAAUGCAAUUCUAGCAACCGAUAUGUCUCUGCAUAACGAAUACAUCGCCAAAAUGAAAGAGACAACAAAAAAUUUCGAACUAGAAUUGAAUUUAUCGCCAGCUGAUCGUGACAAAGAACGUCUCACAAUUAUCGGUGCGCUAAUAAAAUGCGCUGAUAUAAGUAAUACCGCGCGACCAUAUCACAUUGCCGCCAGUUGGACCAAAGUGCUGUUUGAAGAAUUUACGUGCCAAGGUGACUUGGAGAAAAAAUUGAGCUUACCGGUUGGACCAAUUAAUGACCGAGAUCGAAUAUCUCAGCCAGACAUACAAAUCGACUUCAUUGAUAAGUUUGCCAUGCCGUUAUUUCAGAGUUUUCGGGAGUUGAUACCCGAGAUGAAGUUUUGUAUAAGUCAUCUCGAAUCAAAUAGAAAACAUUGGUAUGAUAAAAAAUUGUCAGUUUCUGGUGAUGAACCUAUUUUAACAACACGGCAUAAUGGUGGAGUGGAUUCGGGAGUUUCUAUGGUUCCUCUUGAUUCUCAACAGAAUACACCGAUAAUCUCAUCAGUGCCUAUAGCUCAUACUAUUCACCGACAAUCAUCUGAUACAUCGUAUCUUCGUCCAAUUCCUUCUUUACCUGAUGGACCAGGAUCCGAUAUUCCUUCAGAAGACUUUAGAUCGGUGAUUCGUGCUAGAGGUUCAGAUAUUCCACUGACAUUUGAAUCAACCGGAGGUCACACGAAAAAUGCAAUAGAUUGGUGUUCACCAUUGCCCACUACCAAUAUAUUCUCUACAAUUGGACGGCGGCGAAGACGGCGAUCUGCUUCGUUGGCACCGAGCCCUGAUAAUGAUCAUAUUAAAGAAAGUAAAGAAGAUAUGUGUUGUAUAAUUCAGUAG